GUACAACUUAAAAAUAAUCUGAGGAAUUAGAUAUGGAGUUUGAGAUUUCUGUUCCAUUUCCAGUCAUAAGAAUGAUAACUAUUCUGAUUUUUUUUAAUUUACUGUAUGGGGAAAAUAAUUAUGAAAAGUUUAGGUCAUUAUUAUACUCCUUGUAAGCAGAAACAAUUUAAAUGUGAUACAUGUGAAAAGGCAUACACUUAUAAAGCAGGACUUUAUCAGCAUAAAAAAUAUGAAUGUGGAAAAGAACCACAAUUUCAAUGCCCACACUGUCCUUACAAGUCUAAACAAAAAGCAACAAUGAAGACUCAUAUCUGUAAUGUUCAUCUUGGCAACCUAUCUAAUUCUGUGUACAGAACUAAUCUCAAAAUAAAGGCAUUGCAGUCUCAGUUUAAUUUAAAUUAGAUUAAAUCUAAUGGUUUAGUUUAUUUUUCAGUAUUAUAUUUUUUGAUAGUUGACCUAUGAUAAAUCAAGAAGUAACUGUCCAGGAGCCAAUCAGGAAAAAAAUCAAAUAUGCUAUCUAUUUAUUUGUGAACAUUGUUUUGACCCACAUCAUUGGUUUUCAUCAGGACUGAAAUAUUGACAAGUAGCUGUCAACUUAACACCUGCAAGAACCAGUUAGACAAAGUCUCUAGUAUUGAGUUUAGACCCAGACUUCAGGGGAGAGAGGAGGACAAUUACCUGUCAAAUAAAAAUAUUGAGGGGGCGAGAAUAUUGCUUCUCCCUCCUCUCCUCCAACAAUUUCAUUAAAAAAAAAAAAUUAACAAUAAAUAAGCUACAUGAAUGAAUAAAAUAUUUAAACUAAAAUCGAUAAAUAAAAAGUCGACUAGCUAGAAGCUAAGGUCUAGCAGUAGCAAUGUAACUAUCACAACUUAAAGAUAAUAAUAUAUAUAUAUUUGUGAUUCAUUUACUCCUCAUUUGCACCUCUCCUUUUAAUGUGGUAUUCUUAUCAAAUUUUCUG